AGUUCCUCAUACUCAUCCCAUGCUAAUUAAAUAUUUUACAAAAACUUCCGUUUUAUUCAUUCCGAAAGCUUUGCUUAAGCGACUUAGAAAAAAUUAAUUAAAAAUGGAGGAUGACAAAGAGUGCGGUGGAGGAGGAGAGGUUAAGUAUAGAGGCGUAAGGAAGCGGCCGUGGGGGAAAUACGCGGCGGAAAUCCGUGACUCGACUAGGCACGGUGCUAGAGUAUGGCUUGGUACGUUCAAUACUGCUGAGGAAGCUGCUAGGGCUUAUGAUCGAGCUGCUUAUACAAUGAGGGGUCAUUUGGCUAUUCUUAAUUUUCCGAGUGAGUAUAACCUGCCUCGCGGUGGUUCCUCCUCUCGAGGUGGUGGCGGCGGUGGUGGUUCUUCGUCAUCUUCAACGUCUAGGAAUAAUGUGGCGAAAGAAGUGUUUGAGUUUGAGUGCAUGGAUGACAAGUUGUUGGAAGAACUUCUUGAUUAUGAUGAUAGUAAAAUGAGUGGAAGGAAAUGAAGCUAUUUAGCUUGUGAUUUGAUUUGAAGCUCUUACUAGUACGAGUUCGGGUCCUUAUACGUUUAUAACUAAUUUCACAAUGUAACAUGUUUUUAUCUCUCUUCUCUACAUUUUUCUCAUGUAGAAGUAUUACCUUUUUUUUCUUUUUUUUUCCCUCUUGAGAUAUGUAUUUGAUAAUCAACGGAUUUAUAUAAUAACUUUUACGAUUGCAUUUUUUGUA